GAAAUAGCAAUGAUUACUUGUAGAAGCUCCAUGUUGCAGAGCCAGUGCUGCUGCGGCAGCCCAGGGCUGAGGUCCUGGCACAGCGGGUGGCAGAGAGGUGACAGCAGCCUUGCUACCGCCAGCCUGAGCAGAGAGGAGGAGGAACACAGAGGCUUCCCAUAAUAAGACGUCCAAUUUCCCAUACUUACAUCUGAUUUGAAUUGAUGGUGAGAGGAAGCAUAAGGUAUCUCUCAUUCUGUUUGGACUCCUUGUUUACAGAAGAGUGAUGGAGAUGCUAUUACACACAAAAAGGAUCACCAUAUGCCUGUUUUUCUUUGUACUGAGUUUGGCAGCAGCUAUUGAAAUACCAUUAUCAGUUGCACAGCUUCCAACAAUCACGGAGCAAUCUCACACCCAGGUUGCCUACCCUUUCGAUGAGGACUUUACAAUUAAAUGUGAAGCUAGAGGAAAUCCACAGCCCACCUUCAACUGGACUAAGGAUGGAAAACCAUUCAAUUUAUUGUCUGAUCCAAGGAUAAUUACAUUCAACAACUCUGGGACAUUUGUGAUUCAGAACCAUGGAAUCAUCACCAAUUUUCAAGGGAAAUAUCGUUGUUAUGCAUCCAACGUGCUCGGAACUGCCAUGUCAGAAGAAAUUGAACUAAUUGUUCCAAGUGUACCAAAAUUCCCAAAGGAAAAAAUUGAGCCCCUUGAUGUGGAGCAUGGUGAUUCUGUGAUCUUGCACUGUAACCCCCCAAAAGGCAUUCCACCUUUGCAUAUCUAUUGGAUGAAUAUUGAUUUGCAGCACAUUCCGCAAGAUGAAAGGGUCUCCAUGAGCCUUAAGGGAGAUCUCUACUUCGCAAAUGUGGAAGAAAAUGACAGUCGAAGUGAUUAUUGUUGCUUUGCAGCAUUUCCAAGACUGAGGACGAUUGUUCAGAAAAUGCCAAUGACACUGAAGGUUUCCCGUUUUAAGCAUGCUAAUGACUCAGGCUCACCUAAUGCUGCGGUUACUAAGGCAAAUUUUAUCAAGGAAAGGAAACCCAAACUGCUGAUCCCUCCUGAAUCUGCUGGCAGUAGCUCAUCAGUCACUGUUAUCAAGGGAGGUGUCCUGCUACUCGAGUGUAUUGCUGAAGGGCUCCCGACUCCUCAUCUAAGCUGGGUCAAAGUUACUGGAAACUUGCCCAAGGACAAGCCGGUAACAGAAAAUUUUGGGAAGAUCCUGAAGAUAGAACAAGUAUCUGCAGCCGAUGAAGGAACUUACCAGUGCACGGCAAGCAACCCCGUGGGCAGAGCAAAACAUGAAUUCCAUGUUCAUGUGGAAGAGCCUCCUCGGUGGAUUAAGGAGCCCGAAGGUGGUGUUUACAGCGUAGGAACAAACCUUGUGCUGCUGUGCGAGGCGAUUGGCAACCCAGAGCCAACCAUUCAGUGGAAACUUAACGGGAUGCCCAUUGACAGUAGGACCUUCAGAGGGAGAAUCUCUGCCAGAGAGAUCAGCCUUACCAACCUUCAGCUUCAGGACAGUGCCGUGUACCAGUGCGAGGCCAGCAACAAGCAUGGUACCAUCCUUGCUAGCGCCAACGUGAAUGUCCUCAAUAUUGCUCCCUUAAUACUGACCUCAGAUGGUGAAAACUAUGCCACAGUUGUGGGUUACAGUGCCUUCCUGCACUGUGAAAUUUUUGCCUCACCUGCAGCAGAUAUUAGAUGGACUAAGGAUGAUAGCAUAGAGCCACUCUCAGCAUUACGCUACGAAUUAAAUAAAAAUGGCACCCUAGAGAUCAAAGAAACAAAGAAAGAAGACUCAGGAUCAUAUGCUUGCUGGGCUGCAAACUCGGUUGGAAAAAGAGCAAUCACAGCGAAUCUGGAUAUAAGAGAUGCUACAAAAAUUGUCGUUACUCCGAAGAACCCCCGAGUGUUGAAAUCACAUUCGAUUUUGUUGAAAUGUCAGUCUGAGUAUGAUUCACACUUGAAAAACAGCUUCAAAUUAUCCUGGAGGAAAGAUGGAGAUCAGCUGCCAGUCAACAGCACGCAAGACAGCAGGAUAAUUAUGGACAUGGAUACACUGUUCAUUUCAACUGUGACGUUGGAGGAUCAAGGAGUUUAUACGUGUGUGGCUAGCACUUCCCUAGACAGUGUCGCAGCGGAAUCACGGUUAAUUGUUCUUGAUGUUCCUGAUCCACCAGAAGAUCUGCAGCUCUCAGAACAUCAAAACCGAAGUGUUCGACUAUCUUGGAAGGCUGGGGCCAGCCAUAACAGCCCUGUUAAUGAGUCCAUUAUAGAGUAUGAAGAGAGUCAGUGGGAGCCGGGGAGGUGGCAGGAGCUGACCCGAGCCCCGGGGAAUGACACCACAGCCCUUCUGACCCUGGCCCCAUACAUGAAUUACCAGUUUCGUGUCGUGUCUGUGAAUGCUGUUGGAAGGAGCCAGCCUAGUAAACCAUCGCUGCGCUAUGCAACGCCUCCAGCUGCUCCUGACAAGAACCCAGAAAACAUCCGAGUUGAAGCUUCUGAACCAAAUGAAAUGGUGAUGAAAUGGGAGCCAUUGAAGCCCACGGAGCGAAAUGGGCCAGGGCUGGAGUACAAAGUCAGCUGGCGGCAGCGGGGCGUCGAAACUGACUGGAAUGAGGAAUUGGUGAAGAAACACUCCCUGACCCUGAGGAACACCCCCACCUUCGUGCCCUACGAGAUCAAGGUCCAAGCAGUAAAUAAUUUAGGAGCUGGUCCUGAACCAAACGUCACCACUGGAUAUUCGGGAGAGGACACUCCAGAUGCUGCUCCUUCCGGCGUCUCAGUGGAUAUUGUCAACAGCACGCUGGUCAAAGUCUUCUGGUUUGGAAUACCAAGGGACAGAGUUCGUGGACAUUUAAGUGGCUAUAAGGUCAGCUGGUGGAAAACAAAAAGCAUGCUGGAUGGGAAAAGGCAUCACCCAGAGAAACACUUCCUAACGUUUGUAGGAGACAGAAACUAUGGGAUGAUUCCUGGUCUGGAGCCCUUCAGUGAAUUCCGCUUGACUGUUCUGGCUUACAACUCCAAGGGCGAUGGACCGGAAAGCUCUCCUGUGGUGUUUGAAACUCCAGAAGGAGUCCCUGAACAACCCCGUUUUCUGAAAAUCCUGAACUUUGACAAGGACUCUGUCACUCUGUCGUGGGGACUUCCCAAGAAGGCCAACGGCCACCUUACUGGCUACAUUUUGCAGUACCAGAUAAUAAACGAAACACAUGAAAUCGGGCCUCUGAGUGACAUCAGUGUGGCAAACCGGUCCACACUCAGCUGGAGGCUCUCGGGCCUCAGCGCCAGCACCAAGUACAAGUUCUAUGUGAAGGCCUGCACAGCCAAGGGCUGCGGAAAGCCGGUCACGGAAGAAGGACUAACGAUGGCUCAAGGGACCUACGCUGGCAUUUACGAUGGGAUUUCCACCCAGGGGUGGUUUAUUGGACUGAUGUGUGCCGUUGCAUUGCUCACCCUACUGCUGCUAACUAUUUGCUUUGUCAGAAGAAAUAAAGGAGGAAAAUAUUCAGUGAAAGAAAAAGAAGAUUUGCAUCCAGAUCCCGAAGCUCAAUCAAUAAAAGAUGAAAUCUUUGGGGAAUAUAGUGACAGCGAUGAAAAGCCGCUGAAAGGCAGCCUCCGGUCAAUUAACGGGGACAUUAAAGCCACCGAAAGUGCUGAUAGUCUGGUAGAUUAUGGAGAAGGGGAGCACGGGAUGUUCAAUGAAGAUGGUUCAUUUAUUGGAGCUUAUUCUGGAUCUAAGGAAAAAGGAUCAGUCGAAAGCACUGGGAGCUCUACGGCAACUUUUCCUCUGCACGCGUAAAAUACUAGUGAGAAGAUUCAUGUUUAAUUGUGCUAUUUAUCUUGAUUAGUACUCCACAGUUACCACAAGUGAUUGGAAGCAGGUUGCCAGUUGAGACAGUCAGGAACCUGACAUCCAGGUAAUAGAAAAAAAAGUCACUGCCACUAAGAGAUGAUUUCUGAGACUUUUCCAUCCUAAUUUUCAGGUGUUUUAUUCUAAUUGAAACACAACAAAACAUUCUUUAUUAUACAAAAUGUGUCACUCAGUCUUACCAAAACGGAAUUUCUCAGUGUUACAUAUGUAUAGUUAACUGCUUUGCCAUGUUUCUUAGGUUUGGAAUAUGUUUCUCUGUAUAGCAUAUUUUUUUUCUUGUUUGGCUGUUGUCACUUUGUACAUACAUUUAUACAUACUAUUCCCUCAUGUAUCAUGACCGCAGCGUUACUGAGGUCAGAACAGAGCAAGGAAAGUGGACAAAAAGGCCGGUUACUCUGCAAAGUGACACAGUGCAUCCUAACGAGAAAAAUGAUAUUUUAAACUACUUAAGAAAUAUAUUCUAUAUAUUAUAUAAUUUUUUUCAUAAAUACGUAAACUCCUUUGCUUUUGAUAUUCUAAAAGUAUUUUAGUGGUUACAGCUGACUGCAAUUAUCAGUACUUUGAAAUGCAACUUUAUCCACAGAAAAUAUGCUCUGAAAAGAUGAAGCUCUGGCCUUGUGGAUAAAUCUUCUGUCCAGUAGCUGGCACUAUUUCCUUAAAUAAGUUAAGCUGCAGUAACUUUCCUGUGGCAAGGCGAAACAGGGUUCCCAUCCACCAUCAUUGGAAAGAAUUUUAUUUUAUUUUAUUUUCCUUAGUCUCUGCAAGCUGCAUUUCUAAGCAAAGCGCUUUUUGUCCGUCUCAUAUCUGUAUAUUUGUGUGCUAGCAUACAUUUCAUGGAGACGUUGUACAGAUGAUAUUAAUAUUGACACAAGUGAAAAUUAGCCUUGUUUUAUUUUGAAAUGAGACAUGUUGCUAGCAUGGGUCUGUAUAGCUGUGUAGGAAUAGAAUUGCUUCUCAGUAUGAGUUUCAGCCAGCAAAACUAGUUUUUGACAGAGUUGUGUGUAUACCGGUCAUAUAAGUCUUACUUCCUUCUACGGUCCCAUAAAAUAGAUCUACCUGACUUUCUGAGAGAUCGUUUAUUUUCACCAGUUCACUGUUAAAUAAACAAAGGCAAAAGCAAAGAGAAAAUAUUAUGGUAUAGUUUCUUUUAUAUUUUGUUUACUGAAUGCUGGUUUGAAUCUGGUUCUGUUCUUUACCAGUCCUUUCCACCACUAACUCAGCAAAGCUGUACAGCACAUUUUUUUGGUCUUUUUGUAUUGGAAUCUCCUGAUUUUCUUUAAAAAGAUUUGUAUUUUGAAAUAUGCUUAUUUGAGUUGAGUGUUAAUAUUGUUUCAUUUCUUUUUGAACUUACAAGUGACCAUCACUUCAAGUUAAAUGUUUUUUAAAAACUUACUCUAGGAGGUCCUAAAAGCCAUUUUGUGUCAUGAUAUUAAUUAGGGAAAUAUCCCUGAUGGUUCCUUCAUGGUCUCCAUUACUUCAGUGGAAGAAAGAGAGGAAGCAAGGAUUACUCGUAUGGUUACGGGUUUACAGGUAAUGCCGAUGACUAAAGCUCUGUUAGUCACACACAGAGAUAGAUGUACUUGGCUGGAAGAGGAAAGGCCAUGGUCCACAGGCAGCUAACCACGCAUGUGGGAUCCUCACUGGGCAGCUGGACUGUCAGAUAUGCUCAGUGAUUUCUGAACAUAGUGAGGGGUCUUGGGUGCUCAGUGCUUUUGAAUAUCUGUUACUCUUUUUUUUUUUAAUUUUUAUUUUUUUUUCAUAAGGCCUUUUCCUGCAGCCUCGAUUUUGAAAAAGGAAACCCCAAACAGCCACCUC